AUGCAUGGAAGCAUCGUUAUUGAUACUCCGGUUAUGGGUUCAGUGACUACUUCAUCUGUUUGUUUGAAAUGUCCGUUGAAUAUUUGUGAUAAAGAUUUCGAAGUUGAUUUAGUGUGUCUACCAUUGAGUCAACUUGAUGUUAUUCUGGGAAGGGACUGGUUGAGGGCCAACCAUGUCUAUAUCAAUUGUUUUGCGAAAGCUGUUCUUUUUCUUGAGCCAGAGAAGGAAGGUGAUUUAUUCUUGUCUACUCAACAAGUGAAUGAAUCUGUGCGAGAUGGUGCUGAAGUGUUUAUGUUGGUGGCAAGUUUGAAGAUUAGUGAAAAUGGAAUAAUGGGUGAGUUUCCAGUUGUUCAUGAUUUUCCUGAAGUGUUUCCUGAUGAGCAUGUUGUCCAAUUAGAUGAUGUUGAGGUUAGAGAUAAUUUGACUGUGGAGACAAUACCUAUGUGGAUAGAAGAUAGAGAGGUGAAACAACUCUAUGGUAAAGAGAUCGCUUUGGUUAAAGUCGUUUGGGGAGGACCGGCUGGUGGAAAUGUGACGUGGGAGCUUGAGAGUCAGAUGAGGGAUUCAUAUCCCGAGUUAUUUACUUGA